AUGUCACUCUUGUCUCAUUUACUUUUGUACGCGAUAUUUUGCAAAUUGUUUUUGCAGAAACUAGUUGAUGUGGGAAAGAAGUUUGUGAUAGGCCUUCAAUUGUAUUUCGAAGGAAAGAGAAGUAACUGCUUGGCAAUCCAUUUACAGCACCUUUCCUCUCUGUCCAAAACCUUCAAACUCCAGGAUGAGCCUAAUGGGAAUGCAUCUAAUGACUCUUCAGAACAUAAGUACUAUGAGAAAGUUCAGUGGAAGAGUUUCUCUCAUGUUUGCACAACUCUUGUUCAAUCCGGUGAUGAACAUGCUGUUGUGACUGGUGCUCACUUCGAAGUUGAAGAUACUGGUCUUAAGAAAGUUCUAUUUCUAGGAUUUCAUUUCUCUAAAGUUGUCCAUGCAACCAGGGUCAAAGAACCUCAGUGGGAUGGUUCUCCUGGCUUGACCCAGAAUUCUGGAAUAAUCUCAACAUUGAUCAACACUCACUUCUCAGGUCCACAAAAGCCACUGCCACCAUGGCCGUCUGAUGUGAACAUCAACUCAGCUUUAUAUCCUGGGGGACCUCCUGUGCCUACUCACUCACCCAAACUUCUAAGGUUUGUUGACACAACUGAAAUGACAAGAGGGCCACAAGACUUUCCUGGCUACUGGGUUGUUUCUAGUGCAAGGCUUUUCGUGGAGAAGGGAAAGAUAUCACUUAAAGUAAAAUACUCUCUUUUAACCGUGAUACCUGAUGAAGAGGUGGGAAAUUUUUGA